AUGUUCGUCCAGGGCGAACAUCUUUUCGUCUCUGCCAAGGCAAAAGGUGGUGGCUCCUCCGGGGAUAGCACUUUGCCUAGCAAAACACCACCACCCGACCGCACAUUGAUUCUAUCGCCACAUCCACUGUACACGUUUCAAUCAGUGCCAUACUUGAUCCUAUCAGAUAUUCCCGUGUUAGCGAGUGCAAAUAGACAACGGUUGGAUUAUACCAUCGUUGUGAAUAACAACAUCAUUCGCAGAGCUGAAAGGUUGACCGAGCUAGCUCGUCACUACAAGCUUGACGUGAUGAUCAUCAGCUUCCGUUUUAAACAGGCCGCUCGGUUCACUAAGAGAUGCCUGGCUACAGAAAAAGCUACCACCUUGGUAGUUCACUCUGCCAUUGCCCAUUUGGAUCUGGUCACAGGGGAUUUCCUCCUGCACGGCGGGUUUCGUUCCAUUGCCAAGAAGAAUCUUGGAGAUUUGGGCCUUCUUUACGCCACUGGAAUCCACGCAUUGAGCACUGAUGACGAACAACUCGUUGCUCCUCUCAAUGAAGACGCCAGCUUCGUCGGCGAAUGGGUAUUUGUCUACCCGGAGCAAGACCUCGGGCAUGGUGUUUUGCCCAAGGAUGCUACUAUAAACUUGGCGAUAAGUGGCAGCCCAUGUCUUGAUGUCCACAGAUGA